AUGGACGCUCAGGUUGAUCGCAUCUUAUAUUCAUCAGUGGUCUAUCCUCAUAACUAUGGCUUCAUUCCUCGGACAUUGUGCGAAGAUAAUGACCCAAUGGACGUAUUAGUCCUCAUGCAGGAACCAGUCCUUCCUGGCUGUUUUCUUCGAGCCAGGGCAAUAGGACUGAUGCCUAUGAUUGAUCAGGGAGAGAAGGAUGAUAAAAUCAUUGCAGUCUGUGCUGAUGAUCCAGAGUAUCGCCACUACACUGAUAUCAACCAGCUUGCCCCUCACCGUCUAACUGAGAUCCGUCGGUUCUUUGAAGAUUGUAUCCUUUUCAUCUUUCAGUUUAAGCUUUCUCAAGAACCUUGUGUGAGAUGCGAGGUAUUGAUCAUAAGAGUAAAAAAAUUGUGA